AUGAAGAUUGCUGCUGAAGGCUGCAAUUUGUUGUUCACCAUCUCUUGCCUUUUACUGAUCUCAGGGCUUGGCGUCCAUUCUUUGUCUUAUGAUUAUUCUGCUACUACACAGUGCGUGGAAGAACCUCAGAGAGCACAAUAUGGAGGAGGCAUUAUAGUAAAUCCGGGAUUUGAUCACAACAUAGAGGGUUGGACAGUAUUUGGAAAAGGAGCAAUCGAGGAACGAAUAUCUAAUGGAGGCAAUAGAUUCAUUGUUGCCCGCAACAGAACUCAGCCAUUGGAUAGUUUCUCACAGAAGGUUCAACUUAAGAAAGGAAUGCUAUACAGCUUUUCUGCUUGGUUUCAGCUCAGUGAAGGAAGUUACAGUGUGUCAGUUUUAUUUAAGACAAAUGGAAGUGAACUGAUACGAGGUGGCCACGUGAUAGCAAAACAUGGAUGCUGGACUCUGCUAAAAGGCGGCAUAGUUGCAAACUUCUCAAGCUCUGUUCAGAUUCUUUUUGAGAGCAAGAAUUCAACGGUGGAAAUAUGGGCUGAUAGUAUCUCCUUACAACCAUUCACCAAAAAGCAAUGGAGAUCACACCAAGACGAUAGCAUUGAGAAGGUACGUAAGAGCAAGGUGAGAUUCCAGGUAACUCAUGUAAACGAAACAGCAUUGGAAGGAGCUAGAAUCUUCAUCAAACAAAGAAAGCCAGGCUUCCCAUUUGGGUGUGGAAUGAACCAUAAUAUCCUCACAAACAAUGACUACCAAAAAUGGUUUGUGUCAAGAUUCAAAUUUACAACUUUCACCAAUGAAAUGAAGUGGUAUAGUACAGAGAUAAAGCAAGGCCAAGAAAACUAUACUAUCUCAGAUGCUAUGCUGAAAUUCGCCAAAGAGAAUGACAUUUCUGUCAGAGGUCAUAACAUUUUCUGGGACGACAAAAAAUAUCAGCCUGAAUGGGUUAAGUCCUUAUCUCCUGAGGAAUUAAGAGUAGCAGCAGCACAAAGAAUAAAAUCUGUGGUUACAAGAUAUAAAGGAGAACUGAUUGCAUGGGAUGUGGUGAAUGAGAAUCUCCACUUCAGAUUUUUUGAGGAUAAACUUGGUGAAAAUGCUUCUGCGGUAUAUUAUGCAACAGCUUACCAGCUUGAUCCAACAACAACCAUGUUUCUAAAUGAGUAUAACACUAUUGAACAUAGUGAAGAUGAGGUUGCCAACCCAGUACAUUACCUCAAAAAACUUGAGGAGAUUCUGUCAUUUCCAGGAACUGGUGGAAUAUCACUGGCAAUAGGGUUGCAAGGCAAUUUUGCUUUUGGCCAGCCAAAUAUUGCUUACAUGAGGUCUGGUCUGGAUCUUCUAGGUACAAUUGGACUUCCAAUAUGGCUCACAGAAGUGAGUGUGGAUUUAGACCCAAAUCAGGCAGAGUAUUUGGAAGAGAUACUAAGAGAGGGAUAUUCUCAUCCUGCUGUGGAAGGGAUUAUAAUGUUCACUGGUCCAGUAAAAGCUGGUUUCAAAAAAAUACCCCUCGCAGAUGAAAAUUUCCAAAAUACUCCAGCUGGAAACGUUGUGGACAAGCUUAUUCAUGAGUGGCAAACUAGGUCUCUGGAAGCCAUUGUGGAUAGCAGAGGAUGUGUAGAUGUUUUACUACAUCACGGAGAUUUUGAUGUAACUGUUACACAUCCUCUAAACCACUCCUCCAAAACGCUGAAUCUAAGUGUAAGGAAAGAUUUUUCAAAUGAAACCAUCCAUGUGAUGAUGCAUGCCUAA